UGAAUUCUACGAGCCAUCAAUUCCACAAAUUCAAUUCUUUGGUAAGACCUAAGAAUUACAAUUCCAAUUCCAUAAUUUCACCUCCUAUUCGGGUUAGUACGCGGAUCCUAAUGGGUAAAAAAUUAAAAUCGGGUCAACUAUUUGAGCAGCCCUCUCUCGCGAUCUAAUUAGUCACUUUUCCUCAACCGCAAGUGCUUCUUCUGUGCGUCAUCCCCUUCACCGCCACCCUAACAUUUUGUCUCUUCCACCACCGUCUCCGGCAUCGCUCUGCCACGCAUCUACCCAUCACUUCAGCAAUCGCAAGACUGCUCCGAACUGGGUUCUUCAGUCCGGAAGAUCGUACCAGUGAAUCGGCCCUCUCACCUUACUUCAGUACUUACUACCUGCUUUGGUAAUUUGGAUGGGGUGGAAGUCCCUGGGAUGGCAUUUUUGUUUUUGAUGGCCUUGCAUGAUUUCAAUGGCUCGAGUCUUGCCUUGAUGUUUGCCUCUGCCAUUCAUAAAGUUUAGUUUAUUAGUGCAUGGUUUCGGUGAAAUUGGAACCGGAGGCUCCACAAUGUAGUCUUGUUUCUAGAAAGAAAGCUUUGUCGGGACUUUUCUGUUUCUUUCUUUUGUUGCAGUGUGCUGGAAAAUCCUUACCAGUAGAAGCUUUAAGUCACCAGAAUAAGUUUAGGACAUCUCCAAACUAUUUUGUGCACAUAAGUGAUGAUCUUAGCAACAUCUCCAAAUUGCUUUUGCAAAAAGAUAUGGCAUCUGAAGCAACAUCUCAGUCAAAAGGGAAAGGCAAAGGGUAUUUCACUUGGACUCCUGAAAUGGAUCGUGUAAUGGGCACCUGUUUUAUUGACCAAAUGAACCAAGGAAACAAAUUGGAUGGUAAAUGUGCAUGGAAGACAGCAGCCUACACCGUAGUAAUGAAUGCUUUAUUCGAUAAGCUCAAUAUAUCUGUGACAAAGGCUAAUAUUUUAUCUCGUUUCAAGACAUGGGAGAAACACUAUGACAUCCUAUACCCACUGCUCCAGUCAUGUAACUCUGGGUCUGCGAUAAUAUGGGACUACUCUAGAGGUAGAAUUGAUGUUCGUGAUGAGGAUGUAUGGAAUGCUCGAGUAAGUGAGAAUCCAAAAAUUCUUCCUUAUAGAAAAAAAAUUGUGGUUGAAAAUUGGGAGGAUAUCUGUACACUGUUUUCACAAGAUCGUGCAAAUGGAGAGGGUGCCCAAACUGUUUUUGAGGCUAAUGUUGAAACUGAAGUUGAAGAGUCUGCUAAUGUAGAGGAAUCAUUUGAGACUGAUUCACGAUCUUUAGAAGAUGAAGUUAUGAAUGCACUGCUAGCUCGACAACGGUCAAAAUCAAAAGCUUCAUCUUCAACAAAUGAUCGUGGCACAAAGAGAAAACUAACGAGCUCUCAAGUACUUUACAAAGUGUUGGGACGAAUGGCAGAUUCACUGGAUAAGUACUUAAAUUCAGAAUGCUCAAAAGUUACAACAAAAAUGGUGGAAGACGAGUUAUCUAAAAUUGAAUUGGAUAGAUUUCAAUUGUUGAAGGGUAUUGACUUACUUAUGAAUGACAGGACAAAGUAUGACACUUUUUCUGGUCUCGGAGAUGACUUAAAAAAGGAUUGGCUAUUGAUGCACAUUGGUAAUUGAUUUUUUUUUGGGUAAUCUCCAGUUGAAGUUGUUUUUGUAGAAGAAGUUGAGCUGAUUGCUGGAAGCCCAAGUAGAGCAAGUAAAAGUUGUUACUACUCCAUCGUGUAUCCAUGACUUUUUAAAUUCUGAUGAGUUCUUUUGUCAUUUUCUUGUCAUUUAUUUUUAAGAAAAUGAAGAACAUAUGGAACAAAUAGGAAAAGUUCUUGAUUGAUUUUCGCCGUCCUGCUUAGUUGAAUUCAUAAACUCUGCUAAGAAUGUCUGAGAUCUUUAUUUGUGAGUCAGUCCUGUGCCUUUGGAAGAAUAAACCUACUUGUGUGAGACGUAGCUUGCUGUUGAGAUGCUGAAAUUUGUUUGCAUUAUCCAUGGUAUUCACCAAUAUCUGAUGUUCUUCAUAUCUAGGUACUUAAGGUAUUGACUUAUGGACCAGCAUUCUAAGUGCUGGAUGUGUCAUACCAUGGAGCUUGCUGUAGGGUCUUUAGUUGGGGAGCAGAGCUGUAUGCUUUGGGGUCUUCCUUUUUUGUUGCUUCUGGAAAGUAAUUGAGAUUGUUUCCUUUGUCUGUCAAGUAAACUGA